UGCGAGCCUCGCCGCCUCUACAACACCCUCAACCAGCACCGGCGGUACCCCCGCCUGGCAGAGCCCGGCUACCUCUGUCUGCUGGAUGCUCCUAUGCAGUGUGAAUACGAUGAGAGCCAUAUUAUUACAGCACGCAGGAUUGUGCAGAGUCCAACGGGGGAGUGUCUGGUACCAGACUGCGAGGAGCUGAGCUGUGUAAGAUACUGUGUGGUGUGUGACUGUGAGACCAGCUCUAUGGGUUGCUGUGACUAUGAGGAAGAGGAGAAAGAAACAGGGAGCAGUGCCUCUUCAGAGGUUGAAAACACUGACCCAAGUUCUGUGUCUUCACAGAAUGCUGAGGAAGGACCUGCAGUGCAAUACGCCAGAAGCUUGGAGCAGUUCACCCGCCACCCCGUGCUCAUCCUGCAGGGAGGAUACAAGCGUUUUUCAGCUUGCUAUAAUUUUCUGAGGACUCAGAAGAUCUUCUGGAUGCCUCAGGAACUAGACAACUUCCAGACAUACCCUGUAGAAAUACUGCCUGCGAAAUUAUAUAUGGGCAACUUCAAGCAGGCCUGUGACCAACAAAUUCAGAAAGAUCUGAAGAUCAAAGCACAAGUCAACAUCUCUGAACAGCCUGCCACACUGUUUGCAGAAGGCAGCAGAUAUCUCCAUAUACCUGUUCCAGAUUGGCUCGAAGCGGAUCUUUUCUCUUCCUUUUCCACCGUGAGUCAUUUCAUAGAUGCUCAGCUGUGUCACGGAGCGGUGCUGGAGUUCUCCAGCCUGGGGCUCAGCCGGAGCAGCACAGUAACCGUGGCCUAUCUCAUGCACUCCUGCCAGCUUUCCCUGAAGAGAGCUUGGUACUACGUUCUGGAAUGCAAAACAAACAUGAGACCACACCGAGGCUUUGUGAAACAGCUCUCAGAGACCGAAAUCUACAGGACAAGGAUCACAGACGUCUCUGAACCAAAUUGCUGA